AGCAGCUCGCACAUCAUCAGGCCUACAGAAUGUCUCAGUUCAACCGGACUCAAGAAACCCCUCAUGAGCCUUCGCCCUCUGGGCGAGAACAGGCUUCUCCAUUGAUCACUUCGUUCAGCACCGGGGAGCCUUCUCGCUUGGUAUCGCCUCUAUCAACUUAUUCUCCGAGUUCUUUCUUCCUCCAGAGAGAGAGGUCCAACAGUCCACCACAGUCGACCCGCGAAUUAUUAAACGCUUUUCCCUCUCCUCGUAUUUCUUCACCUGGACAAGCUUUCCUAUCGCCCUCCCAGCCCUCUUCGGCUUUGAGAAAUAAUCAUAAUGAAUCUUUGCCUUUCAACUCCGUUUCUACGAGUCCAGCUGGGGAUCAUCACAGUCGCUACUCACCGAUUUCUGUGGCUAGAAGAAACAAUGCUCCCGCAACAUUUCCUCCCAACAGCGGCCUGGGUAUAGCGGGAACGUCUUAUGGUCAACCGAGUCCAUCCGCUUCUGAACAGCUAGAAAAUAUGCUCGAUUCUCUCCAGAGUCCUGAAGAGACAUCUCGAAAAUCCCACCGUUUCUCAGUGCAGGACGUUGACAAAUUUUACGAAUCAGGUCUUCAUUCACCCGGUAGACAUUCAGAAAAUUCUGGUCAGGGAAGUCGAAGUGACUCUCACAACUUCGAUCAUGCUAAGCGGCUUUCAAUGAUGCCUCCUCCCGAGCCGAUCGAAAUCCCCACUGCAGAAGAUGUGCGGUUUGGAAUCAAAGGUGCAAAAAGCGCCGGUUGGACUGAGGUUCGUAGACAAAGUAUGCUCCGGCAAUCCUCGAAUAAUUCGAAUUCUUCAAACCAAGGUUGGAGACAAAGUUUUUUUGGGAAGUUCAGCAGUACAGAUGAGCUGAGUAAAUAUGGCGAGAUUGCUGAACCAUCCCACGCAGAUAGGAAGAACAAAGACCAAUUGGAAGAGCUUCAAGAUUUUCCUACGAGGAAAGACUCAUCCUUGUCCAUCAUGGUCGAAGAGCCCAAUAUUACUCGGUCUCACGACACUACUUUUGUGAUGAAUGUGGAUCAUGAUCAAGCAAAUCCAUCUGCGAGUUUCAUGCGACCCAUUAGUAUGGCUGGGGACCAAAACCUCAAAAUGAUGCGUGGAGACAGGUUAGACCCGAACCCCACUGCCAUGCGAUUUUGUCCGCCCCUGAACAACUCUGAAUCGAUGGCGUCGUUUCGUGGGAGUGCUAGUAGUGUUCUCUCUGGAAAUGAAUCCGGUCUUUUCCACAGAUUUGGCAACUCGAGAAUGACAGAAGAUUUUUCACUCAGAGAGAAGGAAGAUGAGAAACGCCUUGGGUACUUACCUCACAAUCUUGAUAUAUUCGAUUUUCGGGACGCGGAGGUGGACGACGCACUUCAUGACCCGGGUCCUAUUCUGCCCCGGAAAGGUGUUGACCGUAUGAUCGUCGAAAGCAAAGUGGUCUCAGGCCCAACUGAUUGGUUAUCUCUUCGGGGUUGGCUCAAUGCGAUCGGCCUGGGAAUACUAGCAGUUACCUUAGUAUCUUUGUUUGCUGGGUUCCCAAUCAUCGAUUAUUUUAUCAAACAUCCGAUCGGUACUCUUGGGGGAUUCAACCUUGGGGGGAUAAAUGCCACUGGUCAGGUUCCGCAGAUACUCGGCUUCCGAGGUCUAAUCGACGCUGAUACACCGCGAGCGGCAAGAACCAAGAAAGGGACGGAUGGAAGAAACUAUCAACUUGUUUUUUCAGACGAAUUCAAUCAAGAAAAUCGUACAUUUUGGCCAGGCGACGAUCCUUAUUGGGAAGCAGUGGACUUGCAUUACUGGGCUACCAGUAAUCUUGAAUGGUACGAUCCCGAUCAAAUCACAACUCGGAAUGGGUCCCUGGUGAUUUCUCUGGACAAAGUGGCCGACCCUCGAUUGAAUCAUAACCUCGACUUCAAAGGCGGCAUGCUUCAAAGUUGGAACAAAUUCUGUUUCACAGGGGGAAUCAUAGAGGCUUCCAUAUCAUUACCUGGAGACCCAAAGGCUGGUGGAACUUGGCCCGCGUUUUGGACAAUGGGCAACUUGGGACGAGCUGGCUACGGUGCAUCAUUAGAUGGCACAUGGCCAUAUAGUUAUGAUACCUGCGACGUAGGUACAUUGCCGAACCAAACUGAUCCUAGAACCGGAGGACCUGUCGCUGCUAAAACAAUGGGUGAUCCCUAUCACGACAAUGUGUUAAGCUAUUUACCUGGUCAGCGUUUCAGUCGUUGCACAUGCCCACGAGUUGCUGGAAAGAAUUAUCAUCCAGGCCCCAAGCAUCCCGAUGGCACGUGGGUGGGUAGAAGUGCACCUGAGAUCGAUAUCCUUGAAGCGAUUACCGAUCCAAUAUCGAAGUUGGGACAGAUCUCACAAUCUGUGCAGUUGGCUCCAUAUAACGCCAACUAUCGUUUGGUAAGCUCCCGAAAUUGCACAAGCGUAAUGGACAAUCCAUUCGAAACAAUUUUGAAUCCGUACACUGGAAACAUUUAUCAACAAGCCGCCUCAGGCCUUAGUAAUACAGACCAGACGACGUACGAGGGUAAGGGAUUCGCAAGCUAUGGAUUUGAAUACGCUACUUCGGAUUCAACCAAUCCAUUCAUCACUUGGACACAGCAAGAUCAAGCUAUGUGGCAACUAAAUCCCGCGGCCAUCGGGUCAGAUCCACUAAGUCAAAUUGGACCCAGGGUUAUUCCCAAUGAGCCAAUGUACAUGCUGCUCAAUCUUGGGAUUUCAUCCACGUUUGGUGCGGUUGAUUUGAAAAAGCUAGGUCUUCCUGUAAAGAUGAGAGUGGACUGGGUUCGAGUUUAUCAACCGGUGGGCACGCCAAUCAACACGAAUUGCAGCCCGAGCAAUUAUCCAACUUCUCAGUACAUCCAAGACCAUCUGGCAGCAUACAUGAAUCCCAACUUAACUACAUGGGAACAAUACCAGAAAGCUCAUGGAGAUAACACAGGAAACCCAAAAACCGGUUUUCCCAAGAACAAGCUCCUCGAUACGUGUUAA